GCAGAAUUAUAUAAAUGUUCAUGACAAAUAUUUUUCCUGUUUGUAUGGCAGGAUCAUAAUGCUCGAUCUCCUGUACUUUACACAAUGUGGGCAAGUACAGCUGUGAUGAAGGCUCUAAGGACAGUCAUACAUCUUGUGUUUACAUGUGUUUUACCAUCAUUGGUGCAAUUUUUGGUUGGUAAACAGGGCAUACCUGUUUUUAAUUUUGGUAAUUCAUAGAUAACCUCUGUUUCUAAAGUUAAUGGGUUCAUCCUGUGCUGGUAAAUUGGUGUCAUGUUAUCAAUGGUAUCAAUCCUGAUCUAUGUUUGGUAGAGGUUUCCCUCACUAUAUAAUUGAUGUGUAAUUAUUUAAAGAAAAAGACUUGCACAGAAAAGUGUGUGAGUGUGUGCGUGAAACAUUUCACUGGAAUGCAUACUGUAAGGUGGUUAUUGCUGAAUUCUUGUGUGUGCGUGUGUGGGUUUGGUCUCUUUCAGCAAAUGAAAAAGAAGGAGAAAGUGUGUCAACUGUUACAUGCAAUGUCAAAUUUGUUAGGCUCAGCAGAUUGUAAAGCCAAUCUCUACUCAACUCAACUACAGUGUUGAAGUACAGUAAGUAUGAAUUUCCAAAUGACAUUUGGGAGGUCUAUGCAUUUUAUUACUGCUGGUAGUGAGGUUAUUUGUUACUAUGAAUGAUAACCAUUAUGGUACCACUGGAAUGAAAAGCUUGACAGCGUUUACACAUUAAUAUAAUAGCCAUUAUUGAAAGCACUUUUGAUUAUGAAGGUGCUGGAUAGAUGUAAAAGACGUUUUUGUGAUCCUAUUGAUCCUGAUCUAAGAGAUUAAACAGUUUCACCAUCCAACAACAACCUAUGGCUCCUAUGGCAGUCCUCAAUUAUACUAAUAUAUACAUUGGUUUGUUUGGUCACCGUUAUAUUCCUGUCUUGUUUGUUUAGGACAUGUAGCUUAGGUGCUGCUUUUUAUGGCAGAUGAUUUGCAUAAUUGUGAGGCUCUUCUGUUACUGCCUGUCAUGGUGUCAUAAAAGAAACAAGGUUAUCCAUAAACCCAAGACAGACCUAAAGGGCAAGGGUUGUUGAGUGUUGGUGUUCGGACAAGGUACACAGAAAAAGAAAAAGUGACAUUUGCCUUUUGGAUAAACCAUAAUCAUGUCAUACUACAAAGAUGCGAUUAAGAGAAUGCUCCCCAAGACCUAUCAUCGCAAAUAUGUGGCCCAUGAAAUAAACAUUGCGUUGACUCACUUCAAAAACCUUGAGCCCAUUAUGGAUAAAUACGUUUACAAGGAUGGAACCACAAAGGACUUGAUGAGUCUUGCCGGAACCAUUCCUGUCAUAUUUCACGAUCACACCUAUAACAUCCCGGUGUGCCUGUGGAUUGAGGAAACCUACCCUGAAACUGCUCCCAUCUGCUAUGUCAGACCUAGUCCAGAGAUGAUGAUCAUCAGAGGAAAAUAUAUUUCCAGCGAUGGUGAAGUCAUGCUGCCUUACCUGGAGGAGUGGAAGAAUGGCGAGUGUGACCUAGUGAGUCUACUGCAGGUGAUGCUUAUAGUGUUUGGAGACUUCCCUCCUGUUUGUAUGCAGCCUCAUCCAGAGCCCCAACAAGCCUCUUUUGGGCUGCAGUUCCACAGACAAGCAGAGGUGCCUUCAAAGACAGGUGGAAGUUUGUAUCUGUAUUUAGUCAGAGAAGAUGGUCAACCUUUCCAGCAAGAAAAUGAAACCAACUGUUAGCCUUUUGUUGAAAGUGACAGGAGUUUAUGUAAAGACUGUGUGUUGCCUGUGAUGAAGUGUUUUAUCCUGAGCAGUGUUUGAUGGAAUCCAUUGAUUAUUUUAUGUUGCAUUAAUUGACCUUUUCAGACAAACAACAACAUUCUGUGUUUCUAUAUUUAAAAAAAAAAAUUAGACUGUAAAUGUGAAGCAGCACCUGAUGAAAAUGAAGAUUAAAUGGCUUGAAAUGCUUUUUUAAUAUUUCCUUAGAAAAUUAUUUGGCAUUUGAAUCUGUGUUCAUAGACACAAAUUGUUUUACAAGCAGCUCAUAAAAAGGUGCCUUGACUGCACCCAAGGCAGAUUUGUCGUCUUCUUAUCCCGACGUUUUUGACUUUUGACCAGUGAAGAGAAAAUGUAGUAAUUUGGAAAACAUAUGCACAGCCAGGUACAGCCCAGUAAAGCAUGGUAUUUUAUAGACUAGUGUGGCUGAUUUACCUUUGACAGAGAAUAUAGCAAUAGCAUAACAGCAAUUCUGACAACUCGACACUUAAACUGAAAAACUAAAGCCGAGUCUGCAAGGUUGUUCAUUAGUGUAAGCCAACUUGUUUUGCUUGUUGAUGUAAUUUCUCAGUUAUUAUGUUUAAAAUUGUUGUGACUUAUUUUGUAAAAUGUUUCAGUGGAUGCAUAAACUCAGUGGAUGUAAUACAACCUCUUGUGAAAAGUGACUCAUUAAUUGGUUCAUUCUGGUGUUGUAAAUAAAGAGCCAUAUUAAACAUGUGUGCUUGUCAUUGAGGGAACCACUUUCAAUAGAAUUGUCAAACAGUGUUUUAUAAGAUUACUCAGUAAACGUUUGACUUUGCUUUAAUAUGUGAUGUGUGAAGGAAACUCAUCUGAUCUCUCCAAAUCUCUCUAAUUGUUUUUUUUUAAUCCAAUCAUCAUAGUUUUGGAAAAUCUUUCUAUACUUUUAGGUGAAUUAAUACAGUAGGGGAGAGCAGGGUACGUUGUCACACUUCUUACACACAUAACGAUUGAGGAUCAGGGCCAAUCAAGGCAUUUGCAGUCUAUGGCAGGACAUGGCUAAAAUGUCUGCAGUGUGGAAAUAUUUUAAUUAAAUACUUUCGUUUAUUAACCCCUUG